AUGCAUUUCCCUCUUAUCGGCAGCGUUGCUCAUCCGGUUUCCACCAGGGAACUUCUUUCUCGAUUGGAGCAGCUAUAUAAUGAGCUUUCGUCAAUGGAUCAAGAUUCAUCUGAAGUCAAGUCCCUCAAUAAAGUGAAAGAUCAGUUGGUUGACCACAAAUUAUUACGCCACUCUAACCACGGAGUUCAGAGCUAUGUUGCCUGCUGUUUAUCUGAUAUUCUUCGACUUUAUGCCCCUGAUGCUCCAUAUAAUGCAACACAACUAUCGGAUAUAUUCAAGCUAUUCUUUCGUCAGUUGAAGCAUCUUGCACAGACUGAUAGUGGUUUCUAUCAUCUACACGUGUAUCUUAUUACACGAAUGGUUGAAGUUAAAGCUGCAGUUCUUCUGACGGAUCUACCUGAUGCCAGUAAACUAACACAAAAUCUGUUUGGCUUGGUUUACUCCCUCGUUGACCAUAAACUUGAUGCUGAAAUUGGGACCUUAUUAUUAGAAUUAUUGACAGAGGUGAUUGGAGAGUCCAGCAAAUUGCCCGAGAAGGUGAUGAAGUUGAUACUGAAUCGAUUUUUGCAACACAAGAAGAUGCGUCAGAAUAGUAAGGGCUCUUCUUUUGGUACUAUUCCCAGUUUCACCUUUACGGUACAACUCUGCAAGCUCAAUUCGGACAGGAUGGCACGUUUGGUGACUCUGUUCUUUAGUGAAAUGGUUUUUGAGGUUGCCAGGUACGCUAAAGUGAUCGAAGAUGACGAUACCAGUAAUGAGGAUGAGGUUCUGGGUGACUUCAUGCAGCUUACAAAGAUUCACCUGAUUAUCGUUGAGCUCUGGAGGUAUGUUCCAGAGAUUCUCGCCUCUCUCCUGGGUCUUUUGGACAACGAGUUUGAAGCUGAUGAUCAGCGAAUUAGAGUGCUGGCCACCCAGACUGUGGGCGAGAUGCUUUCCUAUGCUAAUUCGUCUCUUAAUUUCAUUAGAGAGCACCCUGAAUCGUAUUCUGCAUGGAUCAAAAAGCCCUUGGAUAGAUCUACAUUGGUGAGAAUUGCAUGGAUCAGAGCUACUACUGGUAUUAUUGAGGCUAGAACGGAUAUUGCUUCGGAUUUGCGUGAUGGUUUGCUCAAAACUUUGCUUGACUCUGAUGAAAGAGUGCGAUUGGUUACAGUAACCGAAUUUGCCCGUCUUGACAGUGCUAUAUUUCUCCAACGUGCGGUCACGGAUACUAGUAUGGAUACUUUGAAACAAUUAAUGAGAGAGAAGCAUCCGGAGAUUCGUAAUGCUGCCAUAUCCUUACUUUCAGUUACCUUCAACAAUGUGUUCGGUAAACCAUUGAACUCAUUGGUCGAUUUUGUUCCUGAUGAAAUCAUGAAGUUGGUGUAUAUCAACGAUCGUGACGUUAAUGCCCAAGUUGAUCUGUCCCUUUUCGGUAAGAUUUUUCCCUUAGAUGAGGCUGAUAGUAUAGUGAGAGUCAAUAGAUUGCUCACAGUUCUUCAGAACCUUUCUGAAAAGGGUAAGAGCGCCUUUUUGGCCAUAGUGAAAAGGCAGUUUCAACUUUCUACAACGUUUUCAAGGCUUAUACAAACUGCAGAGGAAGAUAACCUCAAUGAUGAUAAACUUGUAAAGGCUUCUGAUUGGCUCGCUGCAGAAUUUCCUGAAAAUUACAAUGCUUCAGAAUCUAUCUGCAGCUUUUUCAGGUCACAAGAUCGCCGUAUGUUUCGUCUAAUUCGCUUGGCUUUGUCGUUCACCACCGAAUACGCUACUCUCCAGGACACUAUCGAAGAAAUCCAGUCAAAGCAGUCUUCUCCCGUGAUUCAUCUUCUUCUUCUCCGGAGCUGCAACUUUCUCUACAAUAAGAGCAAUAUUUCAGAAAUACUCCAAAUUGGUCGCAGUACCUCUAGCAAUCUUCAGUGCACGGCUAUUGAUGUUUUGGAUAGUAUAUCGACGCUUGCACCCUCUGUUCUUAAAGCCAAUAUUAAUCAGUUGACAGAAGAGUGCAUUUCUGGACGUGUUUCAUCGCCCUCUACACUCAUUACGAUCAACAACUUCAUUAAAAAAUUCCCUCAACUCAUCACUGAGCUGUCUUUCUUUGACAGCUUGGUUCAUUUGGCCAUAGGAGGGACACCAGAGGAAGCCAAGUACUCUGUACGAAUUUUAGCCAACUCUCGUGCUUCUUUGAAAGAAUCAUAUUUACAGGAUGUCCUAGAUGGAUGCUGGCCCGUUGAUGAGGCCUCUGCCCUUCUGAACACACAUUUAUCAGCGUUAGUUGAGCUUUUUAUGGUGGAUAUGAUAUUGAUGGAGCCUGAAACAAAAGAACUAAGUAACUUCCUAGCUACAAGAGUUCUACUAAAAAAUAUGGGUGGUGUGGAUGAUGACAUCAUGUGUUCCUCAAAACUUUUCGCCUUAAGGAUAUUCACCAACUGGCUUAGAGCUGUUCAGCACGAUUCUGAGAGCGAUCUAGGUGCUGUUUCAGAUCCUAUUUUUAAGCUUCUCAAAUCGAUUAUAUUUAAUGGAGGAGAAAUCGUGUCUCAGAAUGACCCCACUUAUCCUACUCCUCGGCCUAUCAAGGAAAAGCUUCGACUCGAAGCAGGUAUUAGACUGCUCAAGCUUGCACAGUGUGCUGCCUAUGAUUCCAAAAUGGACCAACAGACUGUAAGUGACCUCAUAUUUCUCAUCCAGGAUGAGGACGAGCAAGUGAGGGUACGGUUUGUACGUAAGCUUGUUAAAAGGCUUACUGCAAACACCAUUCCUGGAAGAUUUGUUCCCCUCGUUUUCUUUAUAGCCCAUGAGCCCAAUAAAGAACUAAAAGAGGAGACUUCUACUUGGAUUAGGGCUUCUUAUAGCCGUCAGUUGAAACAUUCACCCAAUAGUCUACUGUUUGAGACUUCUUAUGUUCGAUUAUUGCACAUGAUAUCGCAUCAUCAAGAGGUUUGUGAGCUUUAUACGGAGUACACAAAUGCUGAAGGUGAUGCAGCCGAUAACUUUUUCGCAAGCCUUACUGCUUUUUGCCUUGAUUAUAUUGUGUUCUGCCUUCAACUUAUUGCCAAUCAGGAUAAUAUCUCAUUGUUGUUUUAUCUCACUCAAAGAAUGAAGCAAUAUAAGAAUAUUGAAGCUGAGUCGUCUUCGGAAAAACUCUACUUUAUGUCUGAUCUCGCCCAAUUGGUCAUCAAACGUAUUGCAGAGAACCGAUUGUGGAAUAUAUCCACGUGGCCCGGAAAAUUUGCGCUUCCCUCAGAUCUAUACACAAAGAACAGAGACAAGGAGUCACUAAAAGACAUCGUGGCUACUUCUUAUAUUCCUGACAAGUACUUCAAAAAGGCUGUUGAGCUGGUCAGAGUUAAAUGUAGACACUUGUCAUCCACAAAACGCCCGCUAGCGAUUUCUUCAGCUGCAAGAAAGACACGUCGAAUCUUAGAAGAAAAGAAUUUAGUUUCUAAACAAGCUGUAUGGCAAAAUGGUCCAAAGCCUCUGCCUUCAGAACAUCCAACAAGGAAAAGCGCCAUUUCCAGAAGAACAGUCGAUUAUGAGGAGAAUGAAUGA